AGUGACAUCACUGUAAUAACUAGUCUUACUUGUAUUACUAAUGAUGCUUAUAUGCUGGUUAUACACACAGAGAUACACACACCGUAUGAGAGCUCAGGCAUAUUAGAGAGAAACAUACGGGACUGGUAGGCGCCUCUCAUAAGUGUACGGCACUUAUUAAAUUGGCCGAUCUAGUACUGUGAUUGGCUGUAAGAGCUGAACUGUUUUUAGGCCGACUCUCAUUUGGUUGUCUGGUUUUGCCUUAAACAGCACUUCCAUCUCAUAAUGAUUUGCCUUUCCCGGCGCUCACACACCGUAUCUCUAAUUUUGAGUCAAUUUUCAAAAGCUAGAGAACAGAAAGUUUUUUUUUUAAAGUAGUGCUGUAUUCACAUUGAAAUUACUUUUUAUUGAGGGUUUCGCUUAUUUAAGAGAUUUUACUGAUGAUAAUCACUGAGUAAAUGCAAUAUAAAGAGAGAGUCGAGUGACUGCUUCAGCAGUUGUAUAAACUGUAUCUCCAAACCAAUGCCAAUCAUUUUAAGGACAGACAUCCCGAGUGUAUGAUUCACUGAUUCAAUAGAGAAUCCGGAGCUCUGAGCUCAACAUUAAUGCUAAACUUAGCACAAGUUUGCACACAACUAACCAUCGGAGGAGCGAUUGCUCCCAACAUUUAAAUUUAGUUAUGAAAUGGUCUAUAUUUUUCAUGUUUUGCCUCCAACUCAUUGAUUCAUAUUUAUGUGAUAUCCGGUGUCAAUGUAAUCUUCCACAAUGUGUUAGAACUGGCUAUAUGUGCAAAUCUACUGGUGCUUCGGCCGCCUGUUUUUCAGAAGUCACAUCCAAUGUGAACAACGAUGCCAUUAGUGAACAGAUCUCACGUCACGGAUGUAUUGAAUUACUUGCACCACACAUGAGACACAUGUGUAUCCAUCACAACAGUGUUUCAACUGCUGGUAUUGCCGUCGAUACGGGAACUCCGCUACAAAUACUGGAGGCGCCCACUCUAGCAGGCCAUAGCCAUAACCAGUUACAUCAUAACCAUCAUCGUAAUCAUAAUCACCACAAUAAUAAUAAUAAUGUGACAAUUGUGUGUUGUUUUGAGGAUAUGUGCAAUUAUGUCAAAAGUACUGAAACCAUCACCAAACCUAUCACUAGAAACAGUGACACCAAAUUAGUGAGAAACCGAAACCCAACGACCAGUGCCCGUAAUAUACCGAUGAACUCUAUGUGGUUUCAGGUGACAGUAAUUACUGUACCGAUAGUGGCCAGCAUUAUACUCGUCGUACUUAUAUUUAUGGCCACAAAAGCUUUAAGACAGGAAAACCAUAAAAGACAUAAAGAGUGCAUCAAAAAGAUUAACGUUUAAAAUAGGAUGUCUUAUACAUUGUAAUCAUUGUUAUAAAUAUAACACUUGA